UAAAAUCUUGCGGAAACAUAUGGACAGAUACAUUCCCAUGAAUCAACACCAGAACAAUGUGUACCUGCAUCAAGGAAAAUUCAAGCCUUUCAGAUUCAUCGAUAUUCCUCAUGAUCCUUCUUCACCAGACCAAAAGGUGAUCGAUUAUGAUCCCAAUACCUACACAGAUGAAGAAAGUAGUCAAAGAUCUGAAUCUUCCAGAGAUCUCUAUAAUGAGUUAGUUAGCCUCCAGCAGAUCAUAAAAGAAAGCAAGUAUGCCAACAUUCAGCUUAGUAAUGAAAAGGAGGGUCUCCAGCAAGAAGUGGAUGAGCUCAGAAAUAUAAUUCAUAAACAGAACUCUCUUAUUGGGACUGUUAGAGAAAGGUACAGUGAGUUUUGAAAGAAGCUGUCAGAUGAUAAUGACCAGCUUAAAUUUCAACUCAAGAACAACCAGGAUUGAUACACUCUUCUGUCUCAGGAAUUUAAGAAAGUCCAGGAUGAGAAUCAUCAGUUGCUACAGAGCCAUGAAAAUAUGAAGAAAGAAAUUUCUAAAAGUCAAUCUGCAGCUAAUGAAAUAGCAGGAUAUAAAAGAGUCAUGGACGAAUUGUAUAAAGAUAAAAAGGAACUUAAAGAUGAAGUCAGGAUUCUCAAGAAGAGAGUCAAGAAGCAUAAAUACAGAUACAGAACUCUUAAUAAAGUCCUGAAUGACCAACAAGCUAUUAAAUUCCCUUACAACUGGACUUUUCAUAAUGCUUCUGUUGAAAAUAGAGAAAGCUUAGAUGCUCAAACUCAGUUUCAUAAGACUUUAAACCAACAAGCCUAUUAUCCUUCCAAAAUUAAUAAAGUUAAUGAUCCACAUGAUUCUUACGUAUGUCAUAAUGAUUCCAUUAACGAAAGCAGAGUUUCGAAAAAUAUGCUCCAAAGAUAUCCUUCUUAUGAUAAUAGCAAUUCAAGGAACAGAAUUUUAAAAGACUCCCUUGUAGAAGGGUCACCUGAAGACUCAAGAGUGAUAGAUCAUAAGAACCCUUCAGCUAUGGCAAGCAGUGGAAAAGACCUAAAACCAUUGAUGCCAAAUUCAGCCAAUACUCCUCUAAAAUAUCCCAACACACCUGAACUGAAUGCUUAUGUUGAUUUAAAACCAAGACAUGAGCACCAAAAUUCAGUCCCUGUGAAGAAUCCUUACUCAAUUGAGAAGAUAAAAGCCACUCAAAACAAACCUGGGCUUUUAUCCUACAAGGAUUACCUUGACAAUACCUUUGGCUCUGAUAAAAAUAAAAUACAGGAAAUUAAAGUAGAAACUCACCCACAAGUACAAAAGAAAAGCUGUGACAAGAGGAACAAACGCUCUUGCAGCCAUUCUAGCAUGAAGCAUUUCACUGAACCUCCGAAGACAGAAGAAGCCUUUAAGCCUUCCAGGAAGUACUAUAAUGGCAUAAAUGGAGGCAAUAAGGUUCAUCAUACUAGUAGAGAUAUUCAACGAUUUGGCCCAACCAGUAGCAAGAAGGGACUGAAUGUCUCUCCAACUCCUGCAUUGACCUUUGGGCAAUCAAGGAUGAAUUCCAGCCCACAGAUUACUGAAAAAGAGAAUCAAUUGCCUCCCCAAACUUCAGAUAAUGAUGAUUCAUACAAGGAAUCUUCAAAAGUCUCAACUCAGCAGGAUAAUAAUGGAGGACGGAACACCAAAGGUCUGAUCCAUGAAAUUGAGAGCCUGGAUGAAGAAAUUCUGUAUCUCCAAAAGACAUUAAUGGAAGCAUUGAUUCAAACAAGUACUCAGACUGAAUAAUUUUAGACUCCAAUCUCAUCUCUGA